GAAGAACAAAAUAAUUGUUACCUUAAAAAACAUUGAUCAAUGGCUUGCUGCCAAAUUUAGUGCUUAAAAAAAUUCAAAAACCACCAUUUUCCAUUUUCAUCAUUUUCCUCCACUACCAAUUAUAAAACACAAUCCCACACUUCAUUGUUUUGCCUAUAAAUUAAGGCCUUCAGAAGGCGUGUGUUCACCAUACUCCACACUAGUUAUUCAAUUCAAUAAAAUUCUAUCACUUCUUUUCUUUCUUAGCUACCUCCUUCUUUCAUGGCUUCCAAUCAAACAACCACAACCCAUCCUCAAGAGCUCAAAGUACUAUCUUUUCCGGUCAAUAAUACCGAUAUCGAAAGGCAAACAAGCCUAGAAGAAAUCCCGGAAAAGGAGUUCGAUUACGCCGGAAGAGCACAAUGGCUCCGGGCAGCCGUCUUAGGAGCCAACGACGGGUUAGUUUCAACCGCGUCGUUAAUGAUGGGAGUUGGAGCAGUCAAACAAGACAUUAAGGCCAUGAUCUUAACUGGGUUCGCCGGACUAGUAGCCGGAGCAUGUUCCAUGGCCAUCGGAGAAUUCGUCUCCGUUUACUCUCAACUUGAUAUAGAACUAGCCCAAAUGAAAAGGGACAACAGAAAAAGGGCUGGUGAAAAUAAUCAGCCGAAAGAAGAGGAGGACUCCGAUAAGGAGAGCUUGCCAAACCCGGUCCAAGCCGCGGCCGCAUCCGCGCUUGCAUUUUCAGUUGGCGCAAUGGUACCUUUACUAGCAGCGUCAUUUAUAAAGGAGUAUAAAGUGAGGAUUGCGGUGGUUGUCGCCGCCGUUACGCUUGCUUUGGUGGCGUUCGGGUGGUUAGGGGCGGUUUUGGGGAAGUCUCCGGCGGUGAGGUCGUCAGUGAGGGUUUUACUUGGGGGCUGGUUAGCUAUGGCCAUCACAUUUGGUUUAACAAAAUUAAUUGGAUCUAGUGGACUGUAAUUUAACGCUUUUUAUUGUGACAUAUGUACUGUUUAUUACUGAGUAUAAGAGUGACAAAAUGAUAUUAUAUAUUUAUGUGGUUAUAUGUCUAAUCGAAUAAGCAAUAAAAGUGUCCGAUUUUCUACUCAGUUGUGCACGAUUAUCAAAUCAAAUUAAGGUCCUGUUACUAAUAUUUGGAAGUAUCGAAUUACUUUUGUAAUUGUAGGUAUGUAGUUAUUAUUAGGUAACAUUCUCAGCCAUUGGGUAAGGCUUAACAGUGCAUAUGUGUUGUUAAUCAUGAAAGCUAAUGCUAAUGAGAAAAGAGUAAUAUAC